CAACAAGUGCAGAGCACACUGGUGCUGGAGGUGGGGCUCAGUGUCCAGGCUGGAGGGCCGCGAGCAGGAUGGAUGCCAGCGGUGAUAUCUGGAGGAGGACCGAGGACCCACAUGGAGGCAGCGGCGAGGAGGCGUCCACAGAUCUCCGUUAAUCCUGGAGUGUCCCGGAUGAGUGACCACAGUCAUGGCGGUCAUCACGUUCACUGUGUCCCUGCUGUGUCUGCUGCCGGCGGCCGGGUCUCUGGCCCGGUGGGCCUGCGUCCGGGCCUGCCCCCCCUCCUGCUCCUGCACUCAGGAGAAGAGCUGCAGCGUCCUGUGCGACCGCUCCAGCCUGGCCGAGCUGCCCAGGGAGUUCCCCUGCGAGGCCUCGGCCAUCAACCUGGACAAGAACCGCCUCAAGUUCCUGUCGGAGCGAGCCUUCGGCACCCUGCCCUCCCUCAAGUCCCUGUCCCUGGACCACAACAACAUCUCCUUCAUCACACCCGGAGCCUUCAAGGGUCUCUCUAACUUGGUGGAGCUGAAGAUGGCGCACAACGAGUACAUCAGCUACCUUCACACUCGGACCUUCACUGGCCUGAAGAAGCUGGUGCGCCUGGACCUGUCCGACUGCAACCUCUUCAACAUCCCGGACCGGAUCUUCAUCGAGCAGACGGCUCUGAAGGAGCUGCUCUGCUUCCAGAACAACUUCCGCAGGAUCCCGGGGGCCAUCCGGGGCAUGGAGAACCUGACCCACAUCUACCUGGAGCGGAACAAGAUCGAGGCGGUGGCCUACAACUCGCUGCUGGGGCUCGGGAGCCUCAAGUACCUGAACCUCCAGGAGAACCGCAUCAAUGUGAUCCAUGACCAGGCCUUCCAGGACCUGGUGCGUUUGGAGAACUUCUACCUCAACGACAACCUUCUGUCGGACCUGCCCCGGCUCGCCUUCAAGGGUCUGAGCCGCCUCAAGAUGCUCAACCUGGGAGGCAACCAGCUGACCAACGUGUCCAAGACCUGGUUCAGCGACUUGACGGAGCUGGAGAUCUUGUACCUGGACCGGAACCAGCUGCUGAACAUUGAGGAGGGGACCUUUGAGAACCUGACCAGCCUGAUCACGCUGCAUCUGAACAGCAACAACCUCACCACGCUCCCCUUGCCGGUGUUCCAGCCCAUCUACUUCCUGGGCCGCCUCUACCUCUUCAAAAACCCCUGGGAAUGCGACUGCGCCAUGGAGUGGCUGAAGGACUGGAUGGAGUCCUACAACCUGGUGCGGGACAUCCCGUGCGCUUCCCCGUCUUCUGUGGCAGGCAUGGAUCUCAGCGCGGUGGUGUUCACCAAAGUAAAUGGCACCUGCGUGGACCCGGGGGAACUCAACCUGACCACCGUCUCCUCCGAGAUCCUCAGCACAACGGAGAACCGCUUCAACAGUCUGAUCUCCAAACUGCUACAGCAGGAGCUGAGGGAGGAGCUGGGGAACGGGACUGACAGCCUUCGCAACGGGACGCUAGCGGAGCCAGAGGGGCAGCUGCUAGCUGGAGCGCAACAAAUCCCCAAAUCCCACUUGCUCUUGUGCUUGAUGGUGAUGUGGCUCCUGGUCCUCGUGAACAAGUGAGACAUUUUGAAGACCCGAGACGGAUCUGACAAACUCGGCGCUUUCUCCCAUUGGGGAGAGUUUUUUCUUUCUGUUUUCUUUGCCCGCUCUUCUCGAUUAUUUUUGGCCGACAAAAGUUGAAGGUUCAAAUCCUGGUGUAGGAAUCAAUUGGCAGGAUCCUUGACAUUGGAACAGCCUGCAGUUACUAUACCACUUCGGACACCACUUGUCACGGAGAUGAUUCUUUCCUGACUCAAAGGGCUUCCUGGGAAAGCGGAGGCCAGUGGGUCUCAGGCGACAAUGACUAUAGGUGCUUCUGUUGCGUACUGUUGCUCAGACCACCGUCCUCCAUCGCUGUGUGUCCACGUGCUCAUAAUAUUAUUGCUGUUCUGUGUAUAUUUUGGACAGAAGCUUUAAAGUGACUGCAGUACAGAAGAGAUGGAACCAUUCUUCUGCUUCCACGGUUUGUAGUACGUGAGUUUAGGAACUGAACCUCAGAUGAUGUGAAGGUGAAGAGCUACCAGAGUGCACUUUGAGUGAUUUCACUUUUUUCCACAUAUUUCUGUCAAAACGACAACGUAAUAUCUGGGCCACACGAUGGAAAUAUUUUCCCUGAAAUUUCAUUUGAUUCAACAUCUCGUCGACGUCAACAAAGUUUGACGCUUGAACAUCGGCGCUUGUGGACGGUGAUGGUAUAUGAAUGGGUGCGUUUUGGCAACAGAGGUGUGGCGCACUGCUGCCAAGCUACGAGCGAACUCUAGUUAUAAUCCUGGUUCUGACCAACAACCAAACAUAUUCCGUUACCUGCAAAGAUUAAACAACGAAGCUGAAGGAAACAUGUGGCUGUUAGCAUGUUGUGGAAUAGCUUAAGUCACUGAACUCUGUCGAAGGGUUGUCGUUUAACUAGCUUUUUAACUUUUAAUUGAUCAUUUUCUGUUCCAUAUAUGUAUAUUGAAGGAUGAGUGAUGCACACCAGAGCUGCUAGUUUCGCUAGCUUCCUUUUAGUUUUCUCAUGAAACGCUCUCGCCAAACGUCCCGUCGUGUCUGUCGUGGAUUUCAGGCUGUGGCUCUUCUGUGACCCCAUUGUUACAUCAUGCUGAAUUCUUAUGAUGUCAUUGUCCAAUAUGAGUAUUUCUAUUUACAUUCUCACGUGUCACGCUGGCGGAGACGAGCGCUCCCGUGUCGAUCUGUCGAGCAGAUGUCCGCCCUGCUGGUUUCCCAUCCAACUGGAAAUGUCGGGUUUGCAGCUUCCCCAUAAAUGCAUUAAUCUUCUUACGCGGCUUUGAUGCGCCGCUGCUGGUGAAUGUGACGCCGUAAUGGACGGACCUUGUACACACCCCGGUCGCCUAUGGACGGAUCUGAGCGGGGUGUGAGCGCCAUAUGCGAGGUCGUCGACGGGGGAAGGUUUAGCUUUCGCGUUUGACUGAAACGUCGGGUUAUUAAGGUCUGUCACAUGAUUUAUUUUUUUAUAAAUAAAGUGGCUAUAUAUAUGGUUGGACGUCCAGGCGUGCGGGA